GGUACUUACCCAGGAUCCCACAGGUGACAGCACCCAUAGUCUCGAUUUUCCCACUGUCUCAUCCGUCCAGUGUCCAGUCCUGCACCCACCUUGUUACCGUGACUCGUGAACCCUUCAAUCUUUUGUCUCGGCCCUCUAAUUUAUCAUGCUGAGCAUAUUGUCGGCCUCUAGUCAUAUCCGAACCAUAAUUGCAGAAUAAAGAGAGAGGGAGAAUGGCAUCAACCAGUGGACCCUGGGCCGGAUUUGAUGACCUAGAGCGACGCACACUCAUCACGAACAUCCUCAAUUCGCUCAAGGCUUAUGAACUGCAAUGGGGCUUUGCUCCCGGGUCCAUGGCUAUCAACUCUCCGGUUUGGUUUGCCUUGUGGCUGGCAGAUUUGUCUAAUUUGGAAAAAAUUGCGGCUGCAUUUGCUGAGAAUCCAAACGGCACACGGUUAGAGCAUAAUGAGGUGGUUCCUCAUCUUCUUACUCUAUGGUUACCCACCUCUGGUAUAGGGAGCAGGUUCCCUAAAUCGCGACCUGGAAGUAGCACACCAACAAGUCCUGUUGAUGAUAACCCUAGCAACUCUGCGCCCAACAGCCCAACAGGCCCUCGCACACCUACAGGCAGAGCCCUUAUGAGCUUCACGCCUGCAAAGAGUUCACCGUUGAUGCCGAUGGGUAAGAAGCGAAAACUGGACAUGGAAGCGUCUCCGGGCUCGCCCAAACCCAAGGCCUCCGAACCCUCCCAGAAAGAUCUGUCCGAUAAAGUUCGAGCUCGAGACGACGUCUGCAUCAUAACGAAGGCAACAGAGCCUUUGGAAGCUGCUCAUAUUCUUCCGUCUCAGCUUUGUAAGAAUGCCCACUCCGGCGAAUCUAAAUUUUCAAAGUUCCUCGCUUUGCUCGCCUAUUUCUGGUCCCCGGAAAAAAUAAAUAAGUGGCUGAGCCACAAGGAGGACGUCUUCAAUUCCGUUGCCAAUCGUCUGGCAUUGGCCCCGAGCUGUCACGCAUACUGGGAUAAUGGGUUGUUUGGGUUACUUCCUAUCCGGGUGGCCCCCGACGAGAUGUCCAUGCAAGUCCAGUUCUACUGGCUGCGUGGUGAAAACCUUCCUGCCACAGGCCACAGCCUUUUGCUCGAAAACGACGACGAGAACUUCAUCAUUCCGCCGAUUGUGCUGCCUAGUGACCUGCGAAAAGGUGGACGAAAAUAUAACCCAGACACCCACAACGCCCCUAACCUCAUCUUAGUCAACAAUGACACUGAGUGUGUCAUUUCCUCGGGGGACGUGAUCGAGCUGACAACCCCCGAUCCAGAGUCACUGCCUCUGCCCAACGAGGAUCUCCUGGAACUACAAUGGACCCUGCACCGACUUUCGGCCUUGUGUGCCGCCGCAGGCUGGCAGCCGCCUGAUUACGAUGACGAUGAUGACGAUGACAACACUGACGAAGCGGCUGCGGUCAACACUCCGCCUUACCAUGAACUCAAAGAUUUGUCUGAGAUGACAGAGUCAAAGCGCGCGUAUCUGCAAGAAAGAUUCGCAUCCGGUACCAAUAGGAACUGUGAUUUGAAAUGAGAGAGUGGACUCUACAAUCUCAGCCUGGUAAUGUUCAAUGGGUCACUUUCGAGGCAAAUUAGCUAUCUUUGAAUGGAAGCGUGAGGGCCCCGAACUACAGAUGAGACCAAGACACUUCAUACUGAUGGGGAAAAUGUUAAGACCCGGUUUCUGCCGGUGGUCACUGCCUUUCUGCUGCGUCCUCUAGUUAGGUAAUUACUCUUCAUUAAUAGUACCCUUUCUUUCCCUCUUAGCUAGAUCAUACUACUGUUAGUUACAAAUC